CCCUCAUAUUCCCAAACUUUCCGGUGCUUGAGAGCGUCAGCCGCGCAAGACUGCAGAACACUCGCAACUGCUAGCACCUAGCUAGCCAAGUACUCGACUCAUUCAAAGCACUAUAUACUGUUGAGAAGAGGUGAUCGAUCGCCAGGAGGCACCUUUCCCUCGACGCUGCGAGCGUCAGCAGUAAUAACAAUGCCAAAAAGAACGCUGUUCACGAACAUCACCCCGCUUCCUUCGCAAGUGUCGAGAGAAGUCGCGAUAGCUAUGCUUCAUAAUCACGACGAAAUGAUCGAACUGAAUCCUAUGGUGAUCGAACACCAUCCUAUCAAGACCCCGCGAGAUGCCCCGGCCGACGAAUUCCUGGAUUGUGUUUGGCAAGAGUUGACGGACAAGGUACACUAUCUGCCCGGCGGCCUUGUGAAGGGAAAGGUCAGCUACAAGGCAUGCUUCCACGACACACCCUUCGGACUUCAAACACAUAUCUAUGCGCCGACGGGGCUUGACAUCCGAGAGAAGUGGUCCAUAGGCGGGUCGCUGCCGGGCGAGCCACCGGAACCACGAGAGCUGGGAGUUGAAGUUCCCCGACAAGGCUUGUAUCUGAGGGAGGACUGCGACAUGCGAUGCAAUAGAAUGUUGUCAGGGUUUGUCCGGAAGAACCUCGAUAAUGCGCACAAAGUCCUCAUCGAACGUAUCAUGAAGAAAGCAGAGCGAUUGGAGGAACACGUGCAGACCAAUGGAGGAAUUCCAAUGACCCCAGCCAGCCCGAUGCAUCGUUUCCAGCCUGGAUCUGUCAUGGCCAGGUCACAGUUGCUCAGCACACCGAUUGCCGAGCGACCUAUGUCUCCACAGAUGCUGUCGCCUCAGCAGGAUCUGGGAUGGCAGGGACAGGCUAAUCAUCCAGCGUACCGGGCCGACGACAAGCGCAUGAGCAACUAUGGUCUACCGCCAUAUCAUGCGACACAGCAACAACGCAUGAGUUAUUAUCCUCAGCUACAUCAACCCCCGCAGGGCCCGAAGUCUUUCGUCGCUGAAUUACCUGGAUCGAUGUAUUAUACUGGACAUUUGUCCCCACCGGUUGACCACACGUCCCGCCCUGACAACCGGAUGAGCAUGGUCUCGGAAUUGUCGAGCCAGGAGGCGACGCAGAAGGGUUCACCAAACCCACAAACGAAUUCAGAUCGGAUGAGUACGAUUUCAGACAUGACGAAUCAAUAUCGAUACAGCACACAAUUCGGACACGGGGGCAGCCAGUCCGAGACGUCUGGACCAUCGGACCGAUACAGCAUGCUUUCUGAAUUGCCGUCUUCGCAACAGCAGCAGCUGCAAAAUAUAAGGAGUAAUUCUCCGCCCAGACAAUGAUGUAGCUGGACAUUGACGACGACAAUGAUGCUGAUGAUGGAUCAGAGACAACGUGUAUAUAAUAGCUGUUGGAUGUAUUUUGAGCGCGGCGUCUGGGACGAUUGGAUGAUUCUGAGAUCCAGUCCAUUGCAUUUGAGAGUAAAAUUUAUGUAAAUGAUUCGACCAUGAGCGUGACUUGUCUCCAGGUUUAUCCCUCGGGUUCUCGGAACUGUCUCGAGGCUUGUAUCAGGCGUGAGUCUUCAACAGUCAAGGAGGCUUGCGUCAGCCGCCCACGGCCCUGUGAAGACCUAUCUUGAGAUAUUCCAGAAUUCGAUGAGUGGCGAAUACUAUACUGAAUAUAAGUGAG